AUGGCCCCUCCGAGUGCUAUUGUUGUGGGAGCUGGAGCUGGAGGUAUAGCUACAGCUGCCCGUUUAGCAAAGGCUGGAUACCAGGUCACCGUUGUUGAGAAGAAUGAUUUUCUAGGUGGCAGGUGUUCACUCGUGCAUCAUGAAGACUACAGAUUUGAUCAAGGGCCAUCGCUCUUACUGAUGCCAGAAGUAUUUCAUCAAACAUUCCACGAGCUGGGGACUACCCCAGAAAAAGAGAAUGUCCGAUUACUUACAUGCGAACCCAACUAUCGCAUCUGGUUCUCCGAUAAUGACCAUUUGGAAAUGUCAACCGAUAUCAGCAAGAUGAAGCCUCAAAUAGAGCGCCUCGAAGGCCAGGGUGGCCUCGAGGGUCUAUUCGGAUUCUUGAGAGAGUCUGGUCAACAUUAUGAUCUCUCCAUGGAGCAUGUCCUUUGUAAGGAUUUCCCUAAUAUUUGGGCUAUGCUUCGACCGGGUCUGCUGCUUUCGUUGUUAUCAUUGCAUCCAUUUGAGAGUAUGUAUGGUCGCGUUAAGCGUUAUUUCAAGUCCGAUAAGCUUAGACGGGCUUUUACGUUUGCAAGCAUGUAUCUUGGGAUGAAUCCGUUCGAAGCUCCGGGGACAUAUUCGCUUUUGCAAUAUACUGAGCUUGCACAUGGGAUUCUCUACCCGGAGGGAGGAUUUGUCAAGGUUCUGGAAGCAUUAGCUCGUGUUGGAGAACGGUUCGGUGUGAUAUACCGUAUGGGCACGUCUGUCACUUCCAUCAUCCAGUCUCCAGAUGGCACGGCUCGUGGUGUGCGACUCUCAUCCGGUGAAGAGCUUCUUGCCCAUACCGUCAUCAUCAAUGCCGAUCUAGUCUACGCCUUCAACGAUCUUUUACCACCAACCAGUUACGCUCAAAGCUUGACCAAACGACCGGCGUCUUGUAGCAGUAUCUCCUUCUUUUGGUCCUUCGAUAGAGUCAUCAACGAGCUCUCCGUGCAUAAUGUCUUCUUAGCAGAAGAGUACAAGGAGAGUUUCGACUCUAUUUUCCAUCGCCACCAACUACCAACUGAACCCUCAUUCUACGUCAAUGUCCCCAGUCGAAUUGAUCCUACCGCAGCGCCUGACGGGAAAGAUGCAGUGGUUGUAUUAGUCCCCGUUGGCCAUAUCGUGGACGACCCGUCCAAUCCCCAGGACUGGGAUUCCCUCGUGAAUCGUGCGCGAGAAGCCGUUCUCCAAACCAUUGAAUCUCGAACUGGAGCUAGAGCACUCCGUGAAAGCAUCCUCCGCGAAUCGGUCGAGACACCUACGAGCUGGAAAGCGAAAUUCAAUCUCGAUCGAGGGGCUAUCCUGGGCCUUUCGCAUUCCUUUUUCAACGUUUUGAGUUUCCGGCCAAAUAUUAAGCAUCCCGAUAUUCAGGGUUUGUAUUUCGUGGGAGCGAGUACGCAUCCUGGAGCUGGUGUUCCCGUGGCUCUGAUGAGUGCCAAGGUUGCUAGUGAGAUUAUUCUAGGGAGUUCAUCGAAGAAAGGAGCUGGGGGGUAUACUUGGAUUGUCUGGUGGUUCGUUUUACCGUUGAUUUUUGUAUUUUUGUCGUUCUUUGGGUAUGGAUCUAUGGAUUGGACGAGAGUUCUGCCGUUGGAAGCAAAGUUGUGA